AUGCCCACCAGAUCAAACAAGCUUACCAAAGAAUCGCCGGAGAAAGCCCAAGAGAAUCAGGAUGGGUCAGACCUCGGAAUCGAAUUUCAGGGGACACCAAAAUCGCAUAAGUUGAGAAAAAUACCAAAGAUGUCCAGUGCCAGGAUACAAUCCAACGAUCACCAGCAGGAAGCUCGUUUCGCUGGAUCAAUUAGGAAAGAAGGAUUCACAAUAAAGGAAUCUUAUGAGAUUGUCAAAACUAUUCUUGAUAGUCAAAAAGGGUUGGAAAAGGAUGGGCACUUCUUCUAUAAGGAUUAUCUUUUGUUAAGUGAUUGUACUUUUGAAGGAAACUCAAAAUACCCUUUUCACAGUUGCAAAGAACACCCCUUCCAAUCCAGGGGGAAAAGAGCUAGAAGGAUGAAGGGAAGCACGAAGGAUCCAACUUGCAGCAUCCAAACGCAGAGCUCCAUGUCAGUCCCGGACGCGGAAGGGGCUAGACUUCCAGAAGCCGAAAUCCAGUUUGCAACAUCAACCCGAAGGAUGCGAAUCAAUGGGAUAAUCUUGAUCACAAAUGGAAGGACUAAUUCUGCACGUCAGAUAAAACGAUGA